AUGGAAAAUUAAGACUCAAAAAAAGAAACUCCUGCAGCUAGUAAUUAAGAAAAUAAACAAAUAAAUGAAAAUCUAUCGAACGCUAAGUUUGACAAAAAUAAAGAAGUACAAUAAUCGAACUAGGAAUAAAAUAAUGAAUUAUAAGAGUAAAUUAAACCAAUACCAAUUGAUGAAGUUAAAGAAAGAUUAAAAAGUUUGAAUUUUGGAUUUAAAUAAUAAAAUGAAAUAGAUGAAAUUAGAAAUGCAAUUAUUUAAUCUGCUACAGAAUUCAAAAUGAUCAUCUAAUAAUAAAAUAAGCUAAUAGAUGAAAAAUUUGUCAAAGAUUUCAACAACAUCAUUUAAUUGUUUGCAAGCUUAGCUGAAGUUAAUCUUAAUUUCGAAUCUACUCAAAUUACCAAAGUCUAAUUAGAAAGCCUGAUUAAAGAAUUGACUAAUUCGUGUGUUAGCUUGUAAAUAAUAGAGCUUAAUUUUAGGAAUAACAAUUUAAAUUCAAAGUGCAUCAAAAACAUACUUCAAGACCUGUCUUAACUUCUAAAAUUAAAAAAACUAACAAUAAAUUUAGAUAAUAAUUAUAUAGGAGCUUAUGGAUUAGAUAUUGCUCUUGAAGGAUGGUAAAAAGGUUUGAAUGUGGAGUAUUUAGAUAUUGAUUUUAGUAAUAAUUCAUUGUAAUUUGAUGGGGCUUUACUCCUUUUCUAAGAAAUGAAAUAUUUAAAAAAUAUUGUAUAGCUAAAAAUCAAUUUAGAAGGUAAUUCAAUUCAAAGUUAGCAGCUUGAUGAAAAAUCACUUAUGGAAGGAAUUGUUUCAUGCAAGUUAUUACAAGAGAUUGAUAUUGAUUUAUCCAAUAAUUCUAUUGGAGAUAGUGAUGUCGCUGAUAUGGCUUUACAAUUCUUUUAAGUGACAAGAUUGAAAAAAAUAAAAUUAGUUCUAUGGGAAAACUAAGUCACAUUUGAAGGAUAUUAUAACUUUUUCUAAAAUAUAUCUAAAUGCAAAUAAUUAGAAGAGCUGGAUGUUAAUUUUGAUGAUAAUUAGUUGAAUGAGAUAGACGAAAGUAUAGCAUAUAAUUUUUCAGCACUCUAUUAAAAAAUGAAUAAACUUCUUUUUCUCUCAAUAAGCUUAUGUAAUAAUUAACUUAGCAGUUUAGCGUGUUCUACAAUUUUUAAAAGAAUGGAUGUUAUUGCUGGUUUAAAAUAAUUGAAUAUCAAUUUAAGAAAAAAUAAUUUGACUGCUUAAGAUUGUAUCGAGAGUUUUGAAAAUUUUAGCAACAUUUAGUAUUUAGCUUAAUUAAAUAUAAAUCUAUCUAAAAACAGAAUCGAAAGCAACAAAUAUGGGUUUCUGAAUAAAAUAACUAGUUUUCCUUUUCUUCAAAAAUUCAGUUUAGAUUUAUCUUUAAACAGCUUUGAUGAAAAAUAUAUUGGGACGGUCUUAAAACCAUUGUCAAACACAAACUCUAUUAAGCAACUAAGCAUAAAUUUAAGUGCGUGUGGAAUAAAAAAUAUAGGAAUACAAUCUGUGGCUGAAGUUCUAUUUUAAAGCUAUGUUUAAAUUGAAAGUCUUGAAUUAAACUUAUCAAAUAAUAUGUGCUAGCUGGAAUAUUUAUAUAGCUAUUUAGAGUGCUUAAAGUAAAUGAGAAACUUGGUAUUUUUAUCAAUAAAUUUAAGAAAUAAUGGAUUAGGAAGUAUUGAGUAGGAUUAUAUAUUGAAUAUAAUAGAUAAAAAGAGAUAUAAAUAUUGUGAAUUGCUGUUUUGA